AUGGAUGAAAAUUUCAACUCGCUGGCAGAAGAACAAAAGGAACCCGGCUUCACGGCGACGCUUACCAAUGAGCAGGAAACUGAGGAAAAAAGUUGUGCAGAGGAAAUUAAUAAUAAUGUCGAAGAUGCCAUCGACUUCCUUCACAGCUCACAAGAUAUCCAUCACCCUUCUCUGGAAAAAUUGGCCGAGCUCACAGCUGUGAUGAGCCGCUUCGAGCUAGAUGUUGUCACAGCCGCUUCCCCGCAACGGACCCGUUCGAAGUCCGAACCCACUCCUAUGGAUCGUGUCCCAAAGACAGUCGUUGUGAAAUCGUUUGAGAGUAUGAAUGAGAAUUUGCCUGACAAUGAUAUCACCACUAGCGACUCUGCUGAUAUUUCUGAAAUUUCAUCUCCACCAACUGCAGCUUCUGAAAGAAAGGAAACAGUGGAGACUUUUCCCUCUCAUGCGAUCUGCAGUACAAAGUAUCCGUAUGAUAGUCGACACAGACUGUUUCGUCAUCUCAAAGAACAUUGGCGUGGACAUCUAGUGACGGCUACAGUUACUGAUCCGUGUUGCAAAGGUUAUAUGUGGAGUGGUGAGCUACCUCCGCGUAAUUAUAGCAAUCCCACGUUUUCAAGUAAAAUUUUUGUGGGUGGCGUGCCCUGGGACAUCUCUGAGACAGCCCUCAUCGACGCUUUCUCUCCUUACGGAGCUUGUCGUGUUGAAUGGCCUUCCAAAGAAGGACGUUCUCACACGAACCAGCGUAAUCGCACAAAGGUGAAAUAUGAGGUGGACAAAAGACAUUUUGUUCCAUUCAGUGUUCAUUCCAUUAAGGUCACCGGGUACGUUUACAUCGUUUUCGAAACGGAACGCUCUGUUAAAUCGCUACUCCAAGACUGUUCGCAAGAGUUUGGCUCAGCUGGCGAGUGGUACUUCAAACUAAAAGCUCGUCGUAACCAGAGCAGUGAAAUUCGUCAGGUGCAAGUGAUUCCAUGGGUAGUAUCAGACUCGUCAUACGUUGAUGAUCCGACAUGCCCUCUAGAUCCAAAGAAGACGGUCUUCGUGGGAGCUUUGCAUGGAAUGAUAACUGCCCACGUCCUUUUUUCUAUUAUGAACGAACUGUACGGUAGUGUUGUGUUCGUUGGGAUUGACACGGACAAGUAUAGAUAUCCAAUAGGUAGUGGCCGUGUCACGUUUCGUGCUCACUCGUCCUAUUUUCAUGCCAUCGAGUCGGCAUUCCUGGAAAUUCGCACGAGCAAAUUUUGCAAAAAGGUGCAGAUUGAUCCAUUCCUCGAGGAUUCCUGGUGCAUGGUGUGCAAUGAGAAUCCAGGACCGUACUUUUGUCGUGAUCGCACUUGUUUCCGCUACUACUGCGCUACAUGUUGGCAGGCGCGUCACACAGUGAAAGGAAAGGAAACUACUGAUCAUCGCCCUCUUAUGCGUCAUGCACCACGCUCCCUAACUUCGCGUGUGGACGACUAUGGUUCACGUGGAGAACUUGGUAAUUCAUCACCGCGUUGCUAUGUACAGCCGUCAAGUAACAUGGCCGUAGCUCCACUGGGCGGAAUGGCGGCUGUCGCUGCAGUGGCUCGUGGGACAGUGCCGUGUCAGCAGCGUCAUGCCUAUCAGUACAUGCAGCUAGCACCAGGGUAUCCAUCAGGCAUGUACUCGCCGAGCCUGAUGCAGCAGCGUUGUCGCGUGGGUUCGAGCGUCGCGGCAGCACCCCUUGUAGCUGGUCAGCCAGUCACUACCUCUCCACCGUUCGUUCACCAACGUCUCUAUUAG